GGACUGGGGCGGCGCAGCUCGCCAACUUCUUCCCGGCUAAGGCAACGGGUGGGAGCCGCCUUCCCGCUAGGCGCUGCGGGGCCUGGCCCGAGACUUCGCGGGGCGCCUGGGAGCGGGGCAUCCCCAGGGAGCGCCUCGCUGCGCCCAGGCCCUUCACGGGGCGGGGGAGAUGCAGCUACGUGGAGCUGGGGGACCGAGUAAGCCUGGGGCGUGGCCGCCGCGCACGGCGCACUCGGGACUGACCUGCCUCCCCCCAUGGCACACGUGGGCUGCCGGGCCGAGGCGCCCCCAGUCACAGCACCGCGGCCUCCCUUGGGACACGUUCCGGCCUGGCUGCGCUCAGCCGCCGAGUGUGGCAGCCCUGGGGGCACAGGCCGCACUCUCAGGCAGCGCAGCUCCCAGCACCUGUGGGUUUGACAGGGCCUGCAAAGCUGGGGGUGUGUGUGUGUGUGUGUGUGUGUGUUUGUUUUGCAGUUUGAGAGGACAGGACAUCACCGUGCCUGUAGCUGUGGUUUCAGGCUGGCUGCACACUCAGGUCCUGUUGUCCAGAGAGGCUGUUCCUAUUUUUGUAGCCUUGAGAACUAGAAAUAGGGCUGGAAAGAAUAAACAAGUUAAUAAGGAGCUAUGGGACCUGCCUUUUCACUGUGCAUACAAAGACUUCUUAAAGACCAGCAUGUCCAAAGUCCGGCCCGCGGGCCAAUUGCGGCCUGUGUUCCGGUUUAAUACUGCCCCACAGAAAGUUUACAUGUGGAAGAUCAAGUUAUUUGUAUCAACUUUCCAGACUUACCAGCACAUUCAUCCUUGGUGCCAUUCUGUUGACUUCAGUGGGGUUACACUACAGAGGAACGUCUGACAGUGAUGAGGAGUCACUCUCUAUUGGCUUGUUGCCAUUAAACCAAACACAACUCACUAUGAAAACUGCAGUAUGCUGCCUCCUGGGUUAGGAAGAAUCUUCUUAAAGCCAGUUAUCAUUAUCUGUUUGCAAAGGAGAAAAACAGAGGAACAUUUUUCCUUAUUCCAAAAAUCUGGAUGUAAUAACAAGUGAGUUUUUGUUCCCUGGGAACAAAGAAAUAAGAAGAACGAUGGCAAUCUGUGUUGGUACAAUGACUAGGAUCAUUGUUAUUUCUGUCUUCAUUCUCUGGACAGCCACAGGUCAAGGGAAAGGAAAUGUCUUUACAGAAAAAGGCCUCUCCUUGGUAGGCUAUCAUCUGUGCAACUAUAGUGUGACUAAAACAGUGUCUAAAAUGGUUGCCUACCAAAAGUCAUAUGAGAAAAAUACUUCUUGUGGAGGAUGGAUUCCAUGGAUGGUUUGUCCUAAGAUGUCUUAUAAAACUCAGUAUCGCAUCAUUGAAGUCCCUGAGAUUAUGAAUUUUACUGAUUGCUGUGAAGGGUAUGAACAAGUUGGGCUCUAUUGCGCUUUAUCAUUGAACAGAGCCAAUGAAUUUGCCUUACGACCUGGGGUUUGUCCAAACGAGGAAACGGAAUCAUUGAACCAUUCAUGCACAUUUGACACUGACUGUCCAGGAGUUAAAAAAUGUUGUAACUCAUUCAAAGGAACAGGAUGUAUGGAUCCUAUACCAGAGGAGAGAAAUCUGAAUAAAUAUUGGUAUAAUGUGUCAGUUCUUGUGAAAAUGGAUUUUAAUGAAUUAAGAAGACUGGAUCCAGGAUUUUUGAAUCAUUCCCGCCUUUUGUACUCCAUGAUGACUGGUGCAUUAUGGCCCUUAAAUUCCACAAUGUAUCAUAUCCAGACUGCUGAGGCAAAAACGUAUGCUGGGACAUUAGCAUCUCAAAUUCUGAUUGGAUUACAUCAGCCUACUCCACUAAUGAAAGUUUCUUCUUUGUUGAAAGGCAUUGUGAAGAAUGUGUAUGAAGUUAUCAGCAUAGAUGUGCAAGAUGUAAAUGAAUGUUCCCAUGCUGAACUCAAUGCCUGUUCCAGAUCAGAGCUUUGCAUAAAUUUAGAAGGCUAUUAUAAGUGCAUCUGGGAACAUGAAUACAUGGACGGGAAUUCUAGCCAGCUACAGAAAGAAUGUAAAGAUCUGUCUGCAAUUAGAGACCACCGAAUCGUCAACGUUACCAGCAGCAGUUUUGAAGUAUCUUGGAGUGUAAAUUCUACUUUGAACCAUACAUUUCAAGUACAAGUGUACAAGGGUCAAGAGUUGCUUGCAAGUAUGGAGACUACAGAAAUGGAAAUGGAUAUAUCUGAGCUGGAAGCAGGUAUAAAAUACACAGUGAAGAUCAGCUAUGAAGCUUGUGGAAAGAACAUUAUCUCCUAUAAAAAUGUCAAAACUGAUGCCCAGAUAUUUGGCGUUACAAUAAAGAUCUUAAAUUAUAACUUCACUGAACAUUUCCUCAACAUCAGUAGCACAGAAUAUCAAGAAUUUUCAAGACUGUUGCUCACAGAGAUUGAAAACUCAUUUCCACCAAAUAUUUCUAUGUUGUACAAAACUGGGAAGCUGAAGGUGCAAAUUGAGUCCCUGAAAGCUGGAAGUAUAAUUGUGAGACUUAGAAUCACCAUACAGGAUCAUGAGUUUCCAAUAGACGUGUCAACAUUUGCUCCGAUGCUUUCUUCUCUGUAUAGAAGCUCAGUGUUUUUGAUUGAUCAGCAGAGCUCCUCAAUUGAAGACUGGGAUGAAUGUGCAUCUCAUUCAGAGAAUGACUGCUAUAUGUAUGCAGAGUGUAUCAAUCUAAUUGGCUCAUAUAUAUGCAAAUGCAAGACAGCCAUGGAUACCAAUCCAUCUCGACCUGGAAGAAACUGUGAAGGUGAAAUUGUGAACCCAGUUACUGAAUCAGGCGGGACAGAAAUACCAUCUGAACCAAAUACUGGACUGUAUGCUUCACCCGCAGGCACUGAAAUAAGAAUGAGGACAACCACAUUAAAUGUGCCUACUGUGCUUCCGGCAAGUGGUACGCAAGUGUCAAGCAACUAUUCUUCCAUCAGCGGUCCUCCAGUAACUCAGAGAAAGGACAUGGCAUCGUCAGUUGGAUUUGAAAGAAAUAACACAUUAAACAUGAAGGGUCCAACCACCAUUAAAACACUAGUUGUGGUGACAAAACUAUGGAAAGCUGUAAGUGAAUCAAUGGAAAACUCUGUGGAGGAGACUUCAGCUGAUGAACCACAGCAACUGACCACUGUUACUUAUGCAUCCCUGGCUGCAACCAGGCAAGAGCAUCACAAUUCGUCAUUGCCCACGUUAUCUAUUGUUUCCAAUACAACUGCUGCUGUUACGAAAGAGAAAGCUAUAGGAGAGACCGACAUACCUCUCUACAUUCCUGAAGCAAAUUCUCAGAAUGGCUCCAAUCCAUCCAUGCCAGCUACAGUAGAUCCUACAAUUUAUGUUCUAAAUUCCACCCUUGAUGCACAUGAAGAAAGGGGAAGAGUUAGCAACUCUUGCUCUGAGAGCUCUCCUAAAGAAUCCUGCUCAGUAACACCGGUUUCCCCUGACUUCUCACCAGCUUUUAGUGCAACCACUUUCCCGGCCACAGAUUGUAUACCUGUCCCGGUUCAAAGGAUUAUUUUCUCCAAUGUGACUUUCAUCAGCUUUCAUGUAGCCUGGUCCACAGAUUCUGCACUGAAUCCUGCUUUCCGAUUUCUACUGCUUCAGAAAAAACAGCUAAUAUGGGAGACUAAAAUCCAGAGCAAUGAGCUGACUGUGUCUGGGCUAGAACCUGGGAUCUUGUACACCAUUGAAAUCAGGACAGAAGUUUGUGGGAAGGAAAGCAAACCAGCACGUCAGACAAUAAAGACAGCUGUUCAAAAACUGACUGGAUCACUAAGAGUAACAAAUAUGAAAUAUACAGCAGAUUUCAGCAAUACAAGUAGUGAAGAAUAUCAAAACUUUAUACGGCUGUUUCUUGAUGACCACAGAAUACCAAGCUACAGUCUUUUAAUUCAGAGGGAUUUCAUUUGGAGGUGCCAGACCUUGAAACCAUUAAACAGGAAAUGUCCCACUGAUUUUAAGAGCAGGAUCAGGCCCCAGUUAAGUAAACUUUGUCAGAAGGUUUCUUUAAUUUGUUCAAUGGCAUUGUGUCUUUACAAUCCACAUGUGUUUGCUUAUUUCAAGCUCUUGGCCCUGGUCCGCAAAUCUCUGCCCCUUAACCUUCUUCAGAAAAUGGAUCUUGGUUUGAUUAAAAUGGUAGUGACCAGUAUUACCAAUGGAAGCAUAGUGGUAGAUUUUGAUUUACUGAUUGCUAAAGACUUGGAUACCUACAACAUUUCCACAGCUUUUCAGGAUACCUUUAAAAACAGCUCCCACUUUGCCGUUGACAAGAACAGUCUCUCCAUACAGGAUUAUGAUGAGUGUGAAAGAGAAGAUGAUGACUGUUCCCUGGAUGCAUCAUGCCACAACACAUAUGGCAGCUAUGACUGCAUCUGUAAAGAAGGAUUUGCCGAUGUCGAUUCAGAGAGGCGUGGGAGAAACUGUGAAGAUUUAUCUAUUGCUAAAACCAAAGCUGUGGAGGAUGCUACGUUUCCUAGUACGACAAUGCCACAUGCCUUCAUGGAGUCGGUGUCAAAUGCCCAUAGCUCACCACAAGUCACUACCUUGUCACUCAGUAAAAUUGCCAGUGGGAUUUCCAUAAAGGAUGCAGUCAGAGUGUUUUGUGAGACUUCUGCACUCUAUAUUGGGCAGCCUCACUGCAAUGUGAGCUUCAGCAAUAACACCUAUGUGGUGCUGUGGACAGGCUGGAAUGAGUGUGGAACUCAAAUACAAAACAAUAUGACCAACACUAUAGUGAAAACAAUUCUUCGGAAUUACAUCUCCUCUCAGGGCAUUGUCCACCAUUUGAAGAUUGCCAGUCCAAUCCAUUGUGUGUUUCAGAAUGAUCUCUUGACUUCAUCUGGAUACACUCCAGAAGGGAUUUAUGCCAUUUUUGAGGAUUUGCAUGGAUCUGGAUAUUUCAUAACAGAGAUGCAACUGUUCGUUGGAAACUCUUCAGUCCCCCAAAACUUCAGUGUCUCUGCCGAUGAUGAUGUAUUGAUUGAGGUGGGAAUUCAGAAAGAGGACAGCAAGCUCAAGGUGGUCCUCACGGAGUGCUGGGCAACUCCAACUAGUAAUUCAGUGGAUCCCCUGUCAUUUGCCUUUAUUAACAACAGCUGCCCAGUCUCACAGACCUAUACCACCAUAAUUGAAAAUGGAAAUUCAAGAAAAGCUCAGUUUAAGCUGAAAAUCUUUUCCUUUGUCAAUGACUCUGUGGUUUACCUACACUGUAAACUUCGUAUUUGUGUGGAAACCCCAGAAAGCACCUGUAAAACGAGCUGCCGAAGUGUUCGAUCCCUGAAAAGUGGUGAAAUUAUUGCUACUCACAGAACAUCCUGGGGGCCUCUGUGCAGAACCACUGCAUCUGAUGCAAACAGUGAGAAGGCACACGAGUUAGGAGUAGGGUGCAUCAUCCUUAUCGUCAUUGCUGUGUUUGUUUUUAUCCUGGGAGUGGCGUCCCUUUUGGUUUUCCGAUACCAACGAAAGACUGGAAAAUACAACUUCAAAAUCAAGUCUGACAACUUUAGCUACCAAGUGUUCUAUGAUUAAAUAUUUCCAACUUAUCACAUCUGGAACUCAUCUCAACACACGGACAGCAACAGCUUUUCUUCAUGUGCUAAUCUGGUCCCGUUGUUAUGCAUGGCACUGGUCAUGACCUGUCGCAACACUGAAUCCUUAAUGCUCAUAAUAGUUACGAAAUGUGACUACAUUCCUGCGGAUCUCUUUUGGCUGUCACCAGAACCAUCUAAUUACAACACAAAAGCCAUACAGUAGAGUUGCAUUUUAAGUGGCUAUGAUUGUCAACAUGUAGUACUGUACUAUUGCAGCAUAUUCGACUGAGUACUCUAUUGUACAAGGCAGCAGUUUUUCUCAGCUAGAGAAACUGAGACCCAGAGCCAUGGAAUUUACUCCAACAAGGAAAAGCAAUUAUUUCUAAAGAAACAGCAUAUUCUUAUUGUCAUUUUUCCUUUUCAAAAUAUUUGUGAAUUGAAGUUAUCCUUUUCUCUCCCAGAUCUAGUUCUAGCUAUGUUCAAGACUCUAUUGCUUAAAAAUCUCUCAGCCACUUAAAAUUCAGCUCCUCCAUUUUAGUUUUAUUUUCCAUUAAGAAAUGUCCUUUUGAACUGAAUGGCACUUAACCCCCCCAUUUUUUAAGUUAAUAGAAUCAUAGAGUUGGAAGAGUUCUCAGGAGGUCAUCAAGUCCAGCCCCCUGCCCAAUCCCAAACUAGAGUAAGAAACUUAAAAAAGAGUCCCUGUAUAAGGAGAAAUAAGCAUUGGGCCAAGAAAUUUGAUGAAUUUGUUGAUAAAUUGUAUAAUCAAUUUCUUGACCACACUUUGGUUUAUUAUGAAAUAUACUCAAGAGUCCAUAUGGCCAAUUUAAUUCAGAUUUAUUAAUCAUAGAAUCAUAGAAUACUAGGACUGGAAAGGACCUCGAGAGGUCAUCGAGUCCAGUCCCCUGCGCUCAUGGCAGGACCAAAUACUGACUAGACCAUCCCUGAUAGACAUUUAUCUAACCUACUCUUAAAUAUCUCCAGAGAUGGGGAUUCCACAACCUCCCUGGGCAAUUUAUUCCGGUGUUUGACCACCCUGACAGUUAGGAACUUAUUCCUAAUGUCUAAUCUAUGUCAUACAAGCAAAAGGUUCUAUAAUAUACCAGUCUCUGAAGAAUAGUUUUGUGCAUUCACCUUACACUGAAUGUGUGCUGCCUUGACAUGAUCCUCUAAAGCCAGCAUUUAAAACCCUACUUGUCUAUUAGUAAAAGGUUCUAUGUAUGUCACCUGAAACUAAACACACACAACUUUUUACCUUGUUUCUGACAUCACGGGUCAAUGCCUUUGUAUAUUGUUCUGAACCCA